AUGAUGGACCCACAGAACCUGUAUAUCGCGGAGGGAACGCGCGCCGAGAUCGAGGCGCUCCGCCGGAAGAUUGCUAAAGACCUAGUCCUACUAUUUACCGUCCUCGAACGCCUCCCCAAGCUUGUCCUAAGCUACAUCCGUGUGUUGGACCGCAGGGUUAACGCGAGGACCGAUUCCGAACGUGACUUCAUCGAUUACGUAUACACGCAACUGAAGCAGGGCUUAAUCGACAUUCCCAGGGCCCUUGAAACCGGCGCGAACUGGUGGAGCGUCUUCGUCCAUUACUUCAUCAUGGUGUAUUUCACGGACGAGGUUUUGCAUUUUUUUGAGCAAAGAAAGAAGAAGGAAGGUUCCACUAGCAGCAAAGCAGGCUGA